AUGGCAUUUGCUAGGCUCUUGGCUCAAAUAAUUAAAUUACGAGCCCAAUUCCCAUAUUAUCCCAUUAAGUCAAUCAAACUCGAUAAUGCUUGUGAAUUUGCAUCUCAGACUUUUGAUGAUUACUGCAUGUCACUAGGCAUUGACAUUGAACAUCCUGUUCCUCAUGUUCAUACUCAAAAUGGCUUGGUAGAAGCUUUAAUUAAGCGUCUUCAAUUGAUAGCACGCACUUUCAUCACUUGUGCGGUUGAGGCUCGUUGCCAACAAUCAAUAUUCUCCAAUACAACUAGUGUUAGGUAA